CAAACUCUUAUCUGAGCACCCAGUCAAAAUGAAAAGACAGCUGUUCCUUGUAGUACAGUGAAUCAAAAACACGGGUACUACUGCAUCUCUCUUGAAUCUUAAUAUGCCAAGUGCAUUCAGUUUGUUUUUCUAUAGAAAUCUAUUCAAUCUCAUUCUAAACAAAACAUGAACCGAACAAUUAAAAAUAAUACAAACUAUAUAAUUCGUGUCGAAGGCAAAAAUGCCUUCCGUCGAGGUGAUACAUUCGAUAAUUUCGAACAAGUAGCCGAACGAUUACGGGCACACACUCAGGAGUCCCUAGUCUAUUAUUGGACAAGGGAUAGUCGUCUUGUAAAAUUUGCACAUCGCAAAGUGUCUCGAAAGUUGAAUGAAGAUAUACUCUACUACAGCAUAAGAUUCUCCUGUAUAUUCGGGGGUCAGCGUUUUAAAUCCAAAGCUAAUGGGGUGCGUCCUUGUAAGCGACAAACACGGCAGAUGGAUUGUCCAGCAUUUAUUUCGCUGCGUGCAACAAAAUGCGGUCGGAAGUUAGAAGUAAUUGAUGUGUGCAAUGAUCAUACUCACGAAAUCACCGAACAAGCUGUCAAGGAGUUGCCACAGAAGCGAAGACCAUCACAGAAAUUAUUGGAGGAGAUUCACGAAUUGCUUCACUUAAAUAUCGAAAAGAAGAUGAUAAUCGAUUAUGUUAAGCAAAAGGAGAAUAAGACUAUCCUGAAGAAGGAUCUCUUUAACAUGACAACUCAUUUGGGGCUGUCAAGAACGCGCAGUGAAGACGAACAAAAAUCGAUUCUCCAAAGAAUUCAUCAGACUGCAACGGAAGAUGCCAUCCAACACGCUGUCAUCAACAGAUUCUUUCAAUUUGAAUCAAGUUAUUCCCUCAAUACAGAAACUUUCCAAGAAGAUCUCAAACCAAAGCCAGAAUCUCUUGAUAUCUUUGAGAGCAGUAGAAAUUCUCCUUCAUCAAUGGACUUUCCCUCUCUGAAUCCUCAAGUUGAUUUGCUUAAUUCGACCAACAACUCAAAUCAGGAGUAUGAUGAACUUCUGAGCAAUCGUAUAGUCGUCGAUUACGAAGAAGAAUCUGAGGUUUUGGAGGAAAAGACAGACCUGGAAACAAAUACAGCUCCUAUUUCGGAGAACAGUUGGAAUGAGGUGGGCGAAAGUAGACCAACAAUAAUCUAUGAAGACCUUAUUUGUGGAGAGGAGGAGAAUGGAUAUGGUUAUGAUGAUGAUGAACUAAACCUUACUAAAGAAAUCCCGGAACAAAUUGAGGAGCAGCCCGUCGAAGUACCCAGUACUCCAAGUCACUCAAAUGACUUGGACGAUAAGGAAGAAUUUUUUAAUGAUUUUAUCCUCAUGAGUCCAGUUCCAACGGUUUGUCUCACUGAAAUGGCAUUGGAUGAACAAAAUAAAACACAAAAUCUAAUUGAAGAGGAAAUCGAACAAGAAGACUUUUCGAAAGACCAAAUAUCCAAUAAUCCAGUCCCAACAGAACCUGUUGUUGAAAGAAAAGAGUUAGCGAAAUAUGCAACAUUAAGAACACGUCGAAAAAUAUUGAAAUGUCGUAGUUGUGGAACGAAUGCUAGAUUAAUUAAAAUGCAAAUGUCAUAUUUGAGACAGCAACGGUUAAAGCUUUUCGAAGAAACCAAAGUAUUGAGGUUGCAGAAACUUAAACUGAAGGCCGAGAUUGAUGCUAUCAAUAGUGGUUUACUGUGAUUUAGUAUACCUACGGAUAGGAGUAGAAUUAUUUUUAGUUAAUUUUUAAUGCUUGUGAUAGUGAAAAUAUAUUUUUGUUGACAUAGAGA